AUGAGGUACAUCAGCACUCGAGGAGAAGCCAGGAGCGUUGACUUUGAAGGAGCCCUCUUUUCUGCCUAUGCGCCGGAUGGUGGCCUUUUCAUGCCCCAGGAAAUCCCUACCCUGGACUAUAACACCCUGCGAACAUGGAGUGCCUUCUCCUAUCCAGAGCUGGUGAAAGAGCUGAGUUCACUCUUCAUCUCGUCUGAACUAAUCCCACGGAAAGAGCUGAAUGAUCUGAUUGACCGCGCCUUCCGGAGGUUCAGACACAAAAAUGUUGUGCAUCUGGCCAGGCUGAAGAAUGGGUUGAAUGUUUUGGAGCUCUGGCAUGGUGUAACUUAUGCCUUUAAGGACUUGUCCUUGUCCUGCACAGGACAGUUUUUACAGUAUUUCCUGAAGAAAAGGAAGAAGCACAUCACUAUUCUAGUCGGAACUUCGGGAGACACCGGUAGCUCGGCAAUUGAAAGUGUGCGAGGGGAAAACAACAUGGAUAUCUUUGUUCUAUUACCCAAAGAUCUCUGCAGCCAGAUCCAAGAACUGCAGAUGACGACGGUGAUCGAAGAGAACGUCCACGUGUUUACUGCUCAUGGAAAUUGCGAUGAAAUUGACGAGCUGAUCAAAGAAUUGUUCGCUGAUGCAGAUCUCUCUAGAAAACACAAUCUGAUGAGCUUGAACUCAAUCAACUGGUCUAGGAUUAUGGUGCAGAUCGCUCACUACUUCCAUGCUUACUUUCAAUGCACUCCAUUCAUGGACAUGACUCCACUGCCAACUGUGGAAAUCGUUGUGCCAACAGGGGGUGGAGGAAAUAUCACAGCUGGAUAUAUCGCACAGAAAAUGGGACUUCCAAUCCAACUCGUCGCUGUGGUAAAUAAUAACGACAUUAUGCACAGGGCAAUUCAGCAUGGAGAUUUCUCAUUCUCGGGGAGCGUUAAGCCAACUUUAGCUUCUGCAAUGGAUAUUCAGGAACCUUACAAUAUGGAGAGAAUCUUGUGGCUGCUUUCGGACUGUGAUGGCAGCUUGAUUAAAACUCUGAUGGAACAGUUUUACACAUCGAAAAACCUUACACUCCCAGAAGAAUUGCACAGAAAGCUUUCUGAAGUGCUGAGCUCAUGUUCAGCAUCUGAUGAAGACAUUGUUCAAGCAAUGAGACGCUGUUGGGAAGAUAAUCGCUACCUGUUAUGUCCCCACUCAGCUGUGGCUGUUCACUACCAUUAUAAGCAGUUGGACUGCCAUCUCAGCAACAGAUCCAGGUGCUGCUUAGCAUCUGCCUCGGCAGCAAAGUUCCCGGAUGCCGUGCUCAGAGCAAAGCUUGUUCCUGAAGUUCCACCUGAGAUCCAAGCUUUAAACGCGAUGGAGACCAGGUCCACAACACUGAGGAGAGAAGACGACUGGGCAAGAACCCUAAAAGACAGAAUAGAAGCCAUCGCCAAGCACAGACACACAUAG